AUGCCUAAAAAUCGCCCCGCGACGUCCGGUUAUGCCCGUCUUGCUCAGGAGGAAGAAGAUAGAUCGAACGAUGCAUACUAUUAUUCGGAGGAUGAGGAUGAUUUGCACGGCCCUUCCGGUACGAUAUCGCAAUCCGCCUCACGAUACGCCCCGAUCUCCGCUCGAGCCCAGAUGACUCCUGCCUUCUCUUCGCCACCAGGACACCGACGGAGAUCAAGUGGACACUACCCCCGUGGGCGCCGAAACUCUGGCGUCGACAUUAAGGCCAUCAAUGCGCGUCUCGAGCGUUGGGCCGAGGACUUUGCUUCAAAAUUCAAGAUCAACAGAGUCAAAGGGAAGACACUGGAAGAAGAGAAACUUGAGAUCUACCAUUCUGUUUUCCAACCACCAGAUGGUGUCAGACCGAUUUCUGCUGAAGCUCUCGAGUCGGAGGAAGUUGAACGGGCGCAGCGACAAGCGCGAGAGGAAUUUGAGGCCGUUGUUGAAAGUGUCCGUACCGCCAUUGAGUUGGGGGUGCAUCCUCGAAUGAUAUCCCAGGGUAGCUCGGGAAGUUAUUUUGCCCGCAACAGUGAAGGGAAGAUUGUAGGCGUCUUCAAGCCAAAGGAUGAGGAGCCUUACGCAUCUCGCAAUCCGAAAUGGACCAAGUGGCUACACAGGAACUUAUUCCCCUGCUUCUUUGGCCGUGCAUGCUUGAUCCCUAAUCUUUCGUAUGUCUCAGAGGCUGCAGCAUAUGUUCUCGACUCUCGAUUACGGACCAACCUCGUUCCAUACACCGAUAUUGUAUAUCUAUCCUCGAAAUCUUUCUACUACGACUUCUGGGAUCGACGAAAGGCUUGGAUGGGCAAGAAACCGCUUCCUCCAAAGGCAGGUAGCUUCCAGGUUUUCUUGAAGGGUUACAAGGAUGCGAACCUCUUUCUGCGCGAUCAUCCCUGGCCAGACCAGACCAACACUGGGUUUCGUGCCGAGGACGCUCCAAAGCGUAAGAAGCGACCUUGGAACGAGGCUUGUCGUCCGUCGGGGAUACACUCGGACGAUGAAGACGAGGACGAUGAAAACAACUAUGCGUCAUCUCCAGCGCCGCGGGACGAGAGUGGGGAGCGACGCUUUUACUGGACUGAACAGCUGAAGCAAUCCUUCAGAGAGGAAUUGGAGAAACUGGUUAUUUUGGACUAUAUCAUGCGCAAUACCGAUCGUGGGUUGGACAACUGGAUGAUCAAAAUCGACUGGAAGACAGAGGACGUUUCUAUUGUUGCCGAGCCGCCCAAGUCCAACGGGAGACAACAGGACGACGAUGAUGACGAGCACAUGCCUCCAGCUCGUCCUGUUUCCACCAGUCCUGGGAGGACUGGCACCGCAUCCGCAUCCUAUCCGUAUAGACGGCAUGAGACUAUGGUUGCAGUGAGUCGCACUGGAACACCGCUCAAUUCAACGGAGCCACAGGCGACUAUUCAGAUCGGGGCUAUCGACAACAGUCUGUCGUGGCCGUGGAAGCAUCCGGAUGCCCCCUUCUCUCAGAAGACCAGGGACCAUUUCUUACCACUUCUAACAUCCACAGCCUGGUGGAGUGGGACGCAGAUGGCACUUCGGCGUGUCUUUUCGCAAGACGCCGAUUUUAAGGAGAGCAUGUUCGCAAGGCAGAUUGCAGUCAUGAAGGGACAAGCCUGGAAUGUCGUUGAAACUUUGAAGCAUCCGGACCAUGGCCCCUUGGAACUGACGCGAAGGACUAGAGUCUGUGUAUGGGAUGAUUUGGUAGAUGUUCCGGUCGCUAUCCCCCUUCGUGGACAGCCAUCCACCGAUGCUCAAAAGCGUAAGAUGAGGCGCUAUGACAGUGACGACCGACAUGACGAUUACGAUCCAGACAAUGAGGAAAUGGACAUUGGCGCUGCCAUGUCUCUGCCGUCGCAACCACAACAUGACCUUUUAGGCCUUCAUUCCCCUCCGAGCGAGCUCCCGAAUCCGAAUCGAUUUGAGCUUUCGCGCGGCCGAGAACAUGAGGAGGGGCCAACGCAGGAUCGUAGCCCCGUCACACUAGGCCGUGACAGUGUUGAUGGUCUUGGUCUUGGUAGAGACACGGAUCGGAAUUGGGCUCCUCUCCCUCCCAGACCCGACCACAAACGUCAUCGCAAACAGAGCUCCAUGUCAAGUGCGCAUGGUCACGCGCAAUUUGUCUGGGGCAGUGACGACCUCGAAGGCGACCUCGGCUAUGCAGCUGCUGAGGGUAUGGAAGGGAACCAACGCAAGGUCAUUGUUGAGCGGCUAGAAGCUGUGAAGAGCAAAAACCCCGUCUUUACUUGGUGCUAA